GGUGGGUCAAAUCUGUUCCUUUCUCUUCCCUUUCGGAGACUGGGUUGUUGACCCCGCUGCAAUGAUGUGGCAAUGUUCAUCGUUCGCACAUCGCUAAGAUUGUUCGCGCUCGAAGGCAUUGCUGUGGUGCUUUGACGCGAUUAUCCUUUUGUGAUGCUGGUGUGAAUUCACCACUUCAGUCGCGAGAGACGACCAGCAGGAGUCGAUGGUACGUUGUUGUUGUUGUUGUUGUUGUUGUUUCUCACAUUAGCUCGUACGUGUGCUCGUUGAAUAAAUGUUUGUCUAUGCGAACGUCCCGCAAACCUCCGCGUACCCAGCCCCCCUACCUAGACUACACGAUGGUGCAGACGGACCGCAAGGCGCUGGUUGCCCUAUACAACGCGACCGGUGGGGCUAAGUGGGAGCACACGCGAAACUGGAACACUAGCGCCGCCCUCUCGCAAUGAUACGGAGUCGAAGUCAACUGCCAGGGCCGCGUGGUGAAGUUAUCUCUGGGUGGCAACAACUUGUGAGGUGGCGCGUGUUGAAGCAGCAAGCUAGGAGGCGAAACAUUGCAGUGUCGAAUAGCUUGGACGAAUAUAGUAGCCUUGUACGCACAGCCUGCUGGUACUGCGGGGAAUUCACAUACGAGGGGUACUUUCAUGAAAGGGCCACCGUCGGUGAAAGAGUUCUUGGGGAUGGUCAAUGAGAUCGCAAUAAAGAAAUCGAAUAAUAAUACACCUCACAAGUUGUUGCCACCCAGAGAUAACUUCACCACGCGGCCCUGGCAGUUGACUUCGACUCCGUGCCAUUGCGAGAGGGCGGCGCUAGUGUUCCAGUUUCGCGUGUGCUCCCACUUAGCCCCACCGGUCGCGUUGUAUAGGGCAACCAGCGCCUUGCGGUCCGUCUGCGCCAUCGUGUAGUCUAGGUAGGGGGCUUGGGUACGCGGAGGUUUGCGCGACGUUCGCAAAGACAAACAUUCAACGAGCACACGUACCAUCGACUCCUGUUGGUCGUCUCUCGCGACUGAAGUGGUGAAUUCACACCAGCAUCACAAAAGGAUGAUCGCAAUCAAAGCACCACAACAAUGCCUUCGAGCGCGAACAUUCUCGGUGAUGUGCGAACGAUGAACGAUGCCACAUCAUUGCGGCGGCAUCAACAACCCAGUCUCCGAAAGUGAGGAGAGGAACAGAAUAGACUCACCAUUUCUUUGUAGCUUGGAUAAGCAGCACGGAAGCAAAAGGGGAACAGCUGGACCCUGCCGUUCCCUUUUUUUACGGCACCGCUCUUGUCGUGUGGAUCCUCUCCUUACGGUGGCUGGGCUACUGCGCGGUAAAUGUUCACCUUGCUGAGCUCUAAGCAGAUGCUACUGCUCACUGAACAGUGCGCUAUGUGACAUGCAUCUGUAGGCCAAUCUGUACGUCCCGCCGCUUUUAUACGGCGGGUGGACGCCUCCAUGAAAAGAGGGGGGAUAUGUAGAUCGGUCACGGCCGACACUCCCAGUACCAGUGUACCUGGUGACACGAUCACGGACAGCCGGAAAGCUCAGCUAGGCCGGACGCAAUCCCAACUAAGGUCAGCUCACGGUGGAACAGGUGUGUGAGUCCCACUGGCAGUCGUUUGGGACGCAAGUGUCCAAGGGUUUCACGACAAAAGUCUCGCCAUCUCAAGUGCCCUUUAAGAGACACGUAAUAGUUGAACUUGGCCGUUGCGCUGUUGCUCGGCGCGCUGCACGAAAACACUCCGCCUUUGAGAUCACGUUGGUCGCCUCUGCCCCUCUCUGCAAGGGGGGAGCUUUCUCGAUGUAAGUCCACGCUUGACUACUGGAGCUGAUGCUGUCGCAGCGAUGUAAGGUAUGCACAGGAGCGUGUGUGGCACCAACAUGCCGUGUCAUGUGUGUACGUUUUCUUGACACCAGAUAACAUCCCCCCUGUAUCGAUGUUGUCGAUGUUAAAGCUCGAGUGCUCCACGACUAAAACGCUGGAGUAUAAAACAAACGAUGUUGUUGGUCUUCGGAAAGCUGUCGACGACCCGUUUCCAUCUCCACCACUUUCGACGCUAUCACGCUUCAUUUGUCGCUGUGGAGUGCUUCCCACAGGACUUUGAAGUUUGGGGCAGAGGGGGGGGUGAUAUCCUGUGCAAACAACGGUACACAUCUGAAGACGUGGUGGGUAGGUCCUGGCCUUUCUUUCUCAUGUCUUGUACGGCAGUUGAAGGAAGAAAUAUGUAAGACGGUAGUUGGAAUGCGUUGUGCAUCCACCACGAAAUAAGGACGGGACUGCUCUAUCAUGUCGGUCCGACUUUGACACCCAUCAGCCUCCUUGCCAGUUGGCUUUUCAGCAGAGAAUCGCAUGCUCGACCGUUUGUGCCGACCUGCGCAAUCCCCUGACCUAGACAUGAAAAAAAAGUACUGAAAGUUGGUGUUGUGCAUAAUCUCGGUACGUAGUGUUGACGCGUGUGGCACGAGUUGUUUGUUGCUGAGAUGGCGGUGAAUCCCCUCCCCCACCUUAUGGAGGGGCUCCCAUCGAUUGGCCCUGAUCGGAAGACACGCCACCGACACGUUGUGAAGCUAGACCACCAGGUGGGGUCGUUCUGUGUGAAUCAUUGUUACUCGGCGGAGUCAACAGGUUCUCGAUGCGCACAUCCGCCUUACAACAUCGUCCCAUGGUCACAACAGGCGAUGAAGUACGCAAGCAUUUUCGACACUUUUGUAAUCGACCGCAUCCAAUCCGUGACUGCAACAUCGCAUGGUUCAUGGACCGAGCAGCGCUCUCGGUCCACCUUUUCCUGCAGCGUUCACGGGGACAACAUGAGGAGGGAGAGAAAACCACAUCCGGGCGAAUGUUGACUCUCGUGACGAAGCUGGUAGGGAAGAGCCCUCUCGGGGAGAUGGGGGAGACGAGGAAAAAUACCCGGAGGUGGCAGCCGAGAGACGACACCGGAUAGCGAGGAGAAAACUCGCACACGAGACGGGCGCCGAGAGUCCAGCAUCCGAGAAGGAGUUAUAUCCUCCUGAGGAAGCUGGCAGAGAGAUGGGGGCGCCCGCGGGGGCCGGGGGGUGGCGAGGAGGAAACACCCGACGAAGCUGGCCGAGACGACACUGCCUGACGAGGAGGAUGGGCGGGAGCCAGGGACGGGUUACGGUGAGGGGAAGGCGGUUGGGCUGGGUUGGUUUUUUCGUGCGGCAGGAACCGUCGUAUACCUCGUAUCCCCCAGGAACGAAUAGCGAAAAACAGAUACAUGUGCCGUGACAACACCGUCCAUUGGAUACCCCGGCUGUUGGAGGAAGGACGCGUUGAAUACGAAUCCACUGCUGCGCCGGUAUAUGUGAAUCGUAAAUACACUCUUAUGAGGACACAGGCUACCGUCAGAGACAGGAGCCGGUGCCGUUGCAGUGUUCGCCUACUGCCAAGGAUGGCUAUUUCCUUUCCUGAGAUGUAACGAGGAGAGAGGUAGAAAGAGUGACCAGCAGAAGGCAGAGGAAUGAGAGUCGAAGGCUCUCCGCCUCCACUCUCGGCAGGUGGUCAAAGACGAUGGAAGUGACAGAUCUCAACGAUGUAUGACUUGUCACUCUGCAGAUGGCAAACUUCCCCGAUGGAUCGUAUCCUCCUACUUUGCGUGUGCACGAGUGGUUGGUUGGUUAUGCUUCCGACAGGAGUCCUCUACAUCACCCCCCCCUCUAUGCGCCACAAGUCCAUCUGUGAUAAAGAUGUGCUUUUGGUGUCUCGAGACAGUAGUGGCUCAUGGAGAUGCAUGUAUCGGAAUUACCCUAGUUUGCACAACACCAUCAACAAGAUUUGAUUAUCGUGCCACGCGUGUUAAGAAACACGGAGUCCUCAGACAGGGUGAUGAAUGUGGUCCACACUAGUAUAUCUAGAACAAAAAAUGGUUGGUACUGGGCUAUCAUGGUGGCAGUUAGGAUACUAAAAUAUUUUCGUGGUCAUGAUCGCGUGGCAUGCCAUGUGCGGGGAUGAUGAGCUGUAGACUUGUC